GGUAGUUAAUAAAAUUAGAACAUUAGGUACAUAGCUCAACAGGUACCUACAUACCUACAGUACGCCCCUUGAAAUAAUGUUAUUUAGCGGACCCUUAGAGCUACUUCGAUGCUGAGAUCCUGAACCGUAUGAUUAUUACCGCCCUAUGAAAUUAUCAUAGUUCUUCGAAAACGUUAUUUCAAAGUAUUUUAUACUAGUUAUAAGACCCUGGUAUAAUAGUUAAGUUGUUUUAAAGGGCGUUAUUUUAUUUAAAAUUAAAGCCCUGUUCUGUAUUGUACAUACACACAGCUGAAAUUUGGGCAUACGCGCAUAGCAUGUAGGGAUAUCCCUUUCACCUCUUACACGCCGAGACUCUUACACGCCUUCCUGGUCGUUUGGUUUUUCUCAACUGUCUACGAAUUACCUAGGCAGAACCCCUAAUGCUUCUUUUUUACUUUUAAACCCACCCGCUGCCCCUUAUUACCUAACUCGUUCUUUUAACUCUCAAUUCUGCAUUGUUCCUUGAAUUGAGACAGCAACAACAAUGGCCUGGAAAUGUCGGGACUGUAAUCGAAGCUUCUCUCAGUGGAACGCACGGGAGCAACACCUCAACGCAUUGGACCACCGCCCUCUUGACUUCGAGUGUCACUGCUGCUACAAUGUCUCAAGCAGUGAGGAAACCCGUGGGGAUCACGAAGUCGAGGACCAUUUCUACUGCCAUGACUGCGACAGGGAGUUCCAAACCCACAAUAACAUCAAGAUGCAUCUUAAUUCCCGUACCCACCGAAAGGGCAGGAUCGCAUGUCCUUUCUGCAAAACCAACUACGCUACCGCGACGGGCCUCGCGCACCACCUUGAAGGCGGUCACUGCCCCCAAGCUUCAUUCCUGAACCGCGAUGAGAUAUUCCGCGCAGUGAGGGCUAAGGACCCCACCGGAAUCCUCUCGAAGAAGCUCAUCGGCUGGCAUGGUUCCUCUACAUACGAGGCCUCGGACCAGACGUGGAACGGCCAUGCCUUCGAGUGUUACUUCUGCCACCGCGAUUUCGUGACACUCCACGCCUUGAACCAGCAUUUGAAUUCGUCUGCUCACCAACAGUCAUUGUACCAUUGCCCAAACCGUAAUGCUUGCGGCCGUGACUUCAAAUCUCUAGCCGCCGUCAUGAACCACCUUGAGAGCGAAAGUUGCGCCUUUACACGUUUCGAGAACGUACAGAGAGCCGCCAUCAACCUUAUCAGCGGGGACCGACGCCUCACAUUUGGCUAAACGCCAUGCCAUGAUGUUGAUGGUAGUUUCGCCAUACGAUGUUUUACUAUAAUGGCUUCUCGUCGUAGACUCGACCCAGGUUUUGCACAACUUUGCAGCCCUGUAUGCCAUGCCAUCGUAUGUCUGGGUUAUAGGGUAUGAUUACAUGUCGAAACGAAGUCGGCAGAUAAACUCGCCAGAUUUUGACAUCUUGGGAUCCGGAGACGAGUCCGCAACCAAU